UUUUAUUAUCAACGGGGUCGUCUGAUCUCGUACGAUCAAAGAAGAUGUAUGCGCCUCACGCCACCGAGACUAAGGACCAGCUCACGGAACAAUGUGCAACCAACGGCUCUUCAACGAGCGUCCAGAAUGUUAAUGGAGAAACACCGGCAGACUACAGCGGUGGUCUGUUCGUCAUGAUGUUCUUGUUGACCUGUAUACUUUUUAUGAUGGUAAUAUUGCUCCUUUUGCCAAAAUCGGUCCAGGACGCGAUUUUUCGAUGGAUAUCAUGUCAGGGUCCCGAUGCAUCAUUCAAUUAUAUUGACGUUGGGCUGUACAAAACCAGACAUUCGAUGUAUCGUAAAGAAGUGUAUUCUCUUGCAAUGCAACGAAAUCACCUGAAAGGAACGAACAAAUUGCCCGGUUUGACUCAUAAAGACAAUGAAUCGCAAGUCGAGCAGUGGACGGCCGGUCCUAAAUCUGACCAGAGAAUUUACACAGGUUCCCCGAGCUUCAAUUUGGGAACAAUUUUGCCAGUUGAUAACAAGCAAAAGGUUAAACUAACCAUAACUAUCACUCCAGAUAAUCUACCCGAUGAUGGGGAAGUCAACCCAGCUGUGGAAUGUCCCGUCCCGUGUGUGACUAAACCACUGGCCAAUAAGUUUGACUCGAGGUCAGCUGAGUCGGUACAGUAUGCAGUCCCCAUAAUCAACGAUGGACGGAAUCCGUGUUCAUCUCUACCCGACCUGAGUUACCUUCGAUCGGAACGUGAGAUUUCCUCGGAUAACUCAAAGAGUUACUUGGAACCACAACAUUCGCUACCUGAUUCAAGUAACGUUUGUAUAUAGCAUGCAGGCUAAGAGCAACAAAUUUGA